AUGAUGUGUGUCGUUGGCGAAGCCUUCUCUGUUAUACCAAUUGCCCAAACAUACUUUGCGCAACAGUAUGCAUCAGGAUAUUGUGAGAUAGGGGAAGAUGGACGAAGAUUACCAUGUCCCGACGCUUAUGGGAGGCUUAUCGGCACGAUAUCAGCCGUCAUGUGUUUCCAAAUCGCAAUUAGCUUGAUAAAACCAAGGGUUCUAAUGAAGAUGUGCCCAAAUCUUGUUGUAGGGAUGGUGAUGGUAUGCAUUGGCUCUGGUCUAGUGGCCAGUGGUGCUAAAAGCUGGGCAGGUGGGAGCGGGCCGUGCAUGAACAGGCCCGAAAGUGGAUUUUUCCAGCUUUGUCCAAACAUUGCUGCACCUCAACCUCGGCUUUGGGGAUCACCCUCGUUUAUUGGCCUUGGCUUUUCCGUCUACAUCACCAUUCUCAUUGUCGAGCUCUUCGGUGCCCCCCUCAUUCGCAAUUGCUCCGUUGCCUGCGGCCUGCUCGUGGGUGCGGUUAUUGCCGCAGCGACAGGGUUUGUAGACAGUGCUCCAAUCAAUAGAGCACCUUCAGUGACAUUCAUGUGGACGCAUACAUUCAAGCUUGGAAUUGAUGGGUCACUGGUACUCCCAUUGAUAGCCUGCUGUAUCACUACUUCUAUCAGCUGUCUUGGCGACAUUAUGGCAACAGCUGAGGUUUCUGGAAUUGAUGUCGAGACGGAGGGAAACCCCGAUUUGGACGUGAGAAUCCAAGGUGGACUCACAGCAGAUGCGCUAUGGAGUGUCCUGGCCGGACUAGCCACUAGCACACCAACCGUUUGCUUUGCACAAAACAAUGGUGUGAUAGCACUAAGUGGCUGCGCUUCUCGUCGUGCUGGAUAUGCAGCCUGUUUCAUUCUGUUCCUCGCCGGUGUCUGCUCAAAAUUCGGCGCGGCAAUAACUGUACUCCCGCCCUCUGUCAUUGGCGGCAUGACCACCUUCCUAUUCACUUCAGUAAUAGUUUCUGGCCUCAGAAUUCUCUCCACAGUUCGCUGGAACCGUCGAAAUAGGUUCAUUGCCACUGCAGCACUGACGCUUGGCUUUUCUGAUUUGAUCGUGCCCAACUGGAUCAUCUUCCUGAUCCCAGAAACCGAGAGCAAAGCAUUGAAUAGUUUCUAUGAUGGUCUUAACUUGAUUAUAUCGACUGGAUAUGUCAUUGUUGCGUUUGUAGGGUGCUCGCUGAAUGCAAUUCUGCCGGACGAAAAGUCGGGGAGUGCUGGCGCUGGGUACAAGAAGGAACUACCGUUGACUGAGUCCCCGACUAAAGCGGACUAA